GAUUUGUGUUAUGUUAGUAUAUUAUAUAAUGCGUAUAUGAAUACUACAUUGAAUGAGCGGUCAAUGGCUGUGCGACGAUAGUGAUGCAGACUAUAACCCCGCUUGUAAUGUCCAUGCUGCUUGUAGAUGGAUGAUUUGAGCGUAUCGUAUGCAUCAAGCCCACACCCCGCCUCUUAGUGCACCGAGCACCCUUCUCAAUGUCAAUGGUCUACCUAGUGAGCACUUCAAUCAACACGAUCCACCAACCCUCUCACCAUCUCCGCCAUCACCCCGCAGAUUCUCCACCGCGCCACAACCGUCUCCAGACAAAUCCCCAGGAAACUCAACUCCUGCAGCAGAUUCACCGCCACACCACCGGAGUCGUCAUGAUGCUCAGCGUCAUGCUCACGUAGAAAUCGGUGCUCGGUUUCCGCCCGCUCCUCUUCAGCCAUGCAUUCAUCUCCACUCCCACCCUCACCUUCGUACCCCUCAGUCACUGUAUCUUUCCCAGCGCGUCAUUGACACGAACAUCCAGAUUGACCUUCCCCGGACACGGACGCAGACACAGGCCCAUCAUCGUCCUGAUGUGGACAAGGAGGAAGGGGGGUACACGUCCCAAACAGGCCCCCAGUCCCGUCUACACUGUAGAUCUCGCUCGUCCACCACAAAACCCUCUGUUUCCGGCCCGAGAGACACCAUCAAGCUAGCGUUACUGCCGCGGCGAGGAUGGCGGAGGGGAUGUAUGGGGCGCGGGCUUCGUGGAGGGGGGGCUGGUUGAGAAGGCGGGUUAUUCUUAGGGCGUGGAGAAGGGAGCGGAAUGUUGGGGUUGGGGUUGGGGUUGUACCUGGGGCUGCGCCCUUGGGGAGGCGGUCGCCGAUGACGCGCGGGAGGUGGGGAUAGCGCUGACACAGGGAUUUGUCGAGGGUUGUUGUUGGGGUGGUGAGGUCGAGUUAGACGGUGUGCCAUCUUA